AUGCAUCGCAAAAUCGAUCCAGUCCCCGCAGAUUCGAUCCUGUCCCUGCUGUGGGGGAAUCGUCCGGAUGACCAAAGACUUCGCACUGGAAGAACUCUUGCCACUCUCAACAAAACAUCGUACUUGCAUUACCUUCAACUCCAAUACGGCUAUUUUACCCGACUUCACAAUCAUGACUACGACGAACUACAAAUAAUUGGGUAUGUUAUUAGCAAUAUUAAAUCGGGUGCAACAAAGGAGGCGAUAUUUUCUAUGCUUAGGUCACGCGCGGGCUUCAAAAAUUUUCCCGAUGAAAUCUACGAGGAUAUUCUACACUUGACUGCUCGAUUGCUCGUUAUGUGCAAUAUAGGGCGUUUAAAUAACCAAGCCAAUCCUCGCCAGUACCUAGAAUGGAAACUGGCAGAGAAUUUGCAAGGCGUCAUCACUGCCCAUUUUCGCCCGGAACCACAAUUACAAGAACGAAUGAGACUUCCAAAAAACUUUAAUGCAUGGUCGAUUGAAAGAAUUGGAGGUAUAUCUAUCCAAUUCACGGACAAUCUCGCAGAUCAUCUACUCCUUGUAAACGACGAUACGACUGUACUUGUUUUCCACCAUGUGUCCUUCUUGGAGCUACAGACGAAGAAGUCUCUUCUCCCCGAAACUCUCGUCGAUGAAACCUUUCGCACGCUUGCUCUACUCUUCCCACAGUCCGAGUUCAUGUCUACCCGUCGAGCGACGCGUGAAAGACGAAACUGGUUCAAAAAGCUCUGUCAAAGACAUCUCAGUGGUCACCAAUGUCAGGUGGAUGAUCAGCUUCUACGAUGUGGCACAUUGAAAGCGGAUGCACGACAGAUAGAAAGGUUUCAGUACUGGCGAGACCGUUUGGUGGUGCUCAAGCAGAGCUAUGAUGACGCCACACCAGGAAAUUUGACUCAAUGGUGGUUUGAUAGGAGAAAUGGUCCACAGUGGUACACGUUUUGGAUCGCCAUCACCGUGUUGAUAAUUUCAACUAUACUUGGCUUGAUACAAUGUGUCCUAAGCACCCUCCAAGUCUACAAAGCUUAUCAUCCAUCAUGA